CAAAUGUUCUUACAACUAUUUUUACGGUCAACUAUAAUUUACAGCUAAUCAGAAAACAUGAGUAAAUGGUAAAUAAAAAGACAACUGUAUAGUUAUUGUGACAACACCAACAGAGAAAGCACCAACCUGAAGAUAACAAAUAAAUAACUUGUUGGACUUUCUUUGCUACACAUAAAUACAACAAUCUCUCUCUUCAUUUUCCAUCUCUCCUUCCAUUUCGGACAACCUCUCACCGAAAAUUUUCCCGAGAAAAGUCCCCACCGGGAAAAUUUAUCGUUCAGAAGUCAAAAAAGAUUGGUUCCAAAACUACUCGCGCCUAAAUUACCGGUUUGGUGUCUUGUGUCUUCUUUCUACAAGUCUUUCGACUUUCUCCACUUUUUUUUCUUUGGGCCCCCACGACCUUUGCAACACCGUGGUGUUGCGUGUUGCGUUUGACCGAUACACGGUACACCGUUUGACCUGAGCUUUGUGCUACAAACCGAAGUAUAUAUGAACAUGACGUCACGUUAUGAUCCGAAACACAUGUCGAGGCAGACGAAACCGUCAGACACUCCCUCGUCUUCUCCGUCCCGUAGUCACCGGAGACACCCUCUCCUCCAAAGAAGCCUCUCCUCCCCGUCUCCGAACGCCACUUGCGGCGGAUCAACACCCGCCGAGUUCUGCGGCGGCACCACGGCGAGUUGCGCCGCCAUAUGGUGCUGCUGUCCUUGCGGAAUAGUCAACCUCGUCGUCCUCGCGGUCUACAAAGUCCCGCGCGGAAUCUGCCGCCGCGCUAUCCGCAGUCGCCGCCGUAAACAGCUCGUCAAGAACGGUAUCCUCCCGCCGCUUCCGUCCGACGGGAAAGGCGAGAGGGUGCAGAGAGUGUUCCAGAACUCGGAGUUCGCGAUCUUCCCGUUGGAUAGCAACGAUGUCUCGGAGGAGGAGGAGGAGGACGAUUUCUUUGAUCAUAAAUACUUCGGGAAGGCAGCGGCGGUUGCGGCUGAGCUGACGACGGACGAGGAGACCGAUGAAGAGGACGAGGCGGUGUUGGCGUUGGAGAAAGAGAUGUGGAACAGGUUUUACGGUGCUGGAUUCUGGAGAAGUCCGUCGCAGAGAGAAUCGGUAUCUUCUCCGAGAGUUUCGAAGUCUCUUUCGGCGUCGCCGAGGCCGUCGUUUACCGAAGUGUUUCGGAACUCAGCGAUUAGAGGCGGUGGAGGAGGAGCUACGGUGACGGCGUUGACACCGAGAGCCGUUUGGCAAUGACAUUAUCUUGUUAGUAUAUAUUUUUCUUCUUCUUGAUUGUGUUUGGUGUGUGUGUGUGUGUGCAAAGCAAAGUGUGAGUCUUGCCUUAAUUGAUUUGAUUGAUUGAUAUUUUGGUGGUGAGAUUGAUUUCAAAUGUUAUGGGAUUUUGUGAUUAUUAGAGAGAAAUUUUCAAUAUUCUAUAAUUGAAUGGAAUGUGAUGAUGUGUUUUGUCGAUUAAGUGACAUGACAUGAGAUGAUGUAUUGAAUUAUGAAACUCAUGAUAAUCAUUUGGCAGGUGAAAAAAAUCUUGCCAACUAGUA